UUUUCCAUUUUAUCUCACCAGAGUUGUCGCAAAUUUUCAAGGCUGAUAUGAAGAUUCAGAUAAUUCUUCGGGUUCUCAAAAAGUGGAUGUGUCUUGGAAUGGAAAAGGGCGAACGAAUCGAAAUCAGAUUGCCGGAAGCCAUGAUUCAGGGCGAACGAAUCGAAACCGGAUUGCCGGAAGCCAUGAUUCAGGGCGAACGAAUGGAAACCGGAUUGCCGGAAGCCAUGAUUCAGCUGAUACAGUCUUUCUUGAGUGAAGAAGAUGCUGCUCGAACCACUCUUAUCUCCAAAUCAUGGUACAACGCUUGGCAAACUCGCCCCGUGCUCGUGCUCAGAAAUGUCGAUUGGAGAACAUCGGAUACCGAGUUCUCGAAAUUUGCAUUGAAGGCCAUGCGAAGGUAUCAAGACUCCAACUUGAGGAUCGAGAGUUUGAGGUUGAAAUUUCCGGGGUAUCGAAUGAGCUUCGAACCUCUUGCCCACAGAUUGAUCGUGGAUGCCAUGAAAAUGGGAGCUACUGAUCUCAAAAUCGAAUUCUUCUCAUUCGUUCUUCCACCAGAGGUGCUCCUUUCCGAGACCCUCCUCCGAUUAUCUGUAUUUGGGUGUGAAAUUGAUGGAAGCGUCAAGUGCUCGAUGCUCAAAUCACUCAGCUUGGACAGAGUGGUUUUGAAAAGUGAUGAUAUGCUUAGAAUUAUAACUUCCUGCUGCAAUUCCAUCGAGGAGCUGUCACUUUCAAAUUUUUAUUUUUCUAAGCCUAGAAUAAUAUUGAGUGGGAAGAAUAUGCACGAGCUUCAUAAGCUUAAGCGAUUGUAUCUUAAGAUGUUGGAUUUUGAUAGUUCCUUAUUCUUCGACUUGGAAUCGCGGUUCCCUUGCUUGGAGGAUAUGAGCCUUGUUCGCUGCCACUACUACAGAUCUCAAGAAAUACGCAUUAUCAGCUCUUCACUGCAACACAUAAGCAUUGUGCAGACAUUAUUUGUAUUCAAAGUCGAGUUUGAAGUUCCAAACCUUGCUGUAUUUAGCUAUUCAGGCUCUAGUUACAUACCGUCCUUUUCUAUCAAAGCAAGGGAUGAAUUCGAGUGUCUUAUACUACUACCUGUGGAGUGGUGUAUCUUUGCAACCUCUUCAUGGUACCGAUAUUUGCCGAGGUUGUUGAUUCAACUGAGUCCCUCAAGAAUCAAUCUCACUAUCAAUAUGGUUGAGUCACGGUAUCAUACAGAGAGGAUUGCUGGCGUGUAUAAAGUUCAUGUAAGACGCGAACCUGUAGCAGUGGAGAAUACGAGGCUUGAGGCAAGUUGUCUAUGUUGUAUAUGUUGCCCCCAGUUGGUAAGUCAUUGCUGGCUUGAUCGCGAAUGGUGGAUGUCAGACGAUCACUCCCUUAAAAGCCUCUGUGAGAAACUGACGGAUCCGAAGAGGGAUCGGAAUAUGUUUGGGCAGUUUGAUCUCAAGGAAGGGAAAAUGGAAGUUUACAAGGAGGAUGCAGCAGAAUGGCAGCCUCUUCUACUGCAAGAUGCACUAACAACUCCUCCAACGGGACGUAAAGUUCGUUUCCACUUGAAGUGGUGUUGACUGAUCAUAAAGACUUAUAGUAAGUUUUUUGUUUGAAGAGUGAGUAAAAAAAAGGAAGUAGCAGUUGAGUAGAAGAAAAAUAAUACUACUAUUAAUAAUAAAAAGGCUAAAAUAGCCGUCGAGCUCCAACCCUUUCAAAUUUAAACAAGCGUGUAAUACAUGCGUCAUACAUAAUGAUCAUUGAGCUAUGACUCGUUGGAACGAAUCAUAGCUCGAGUCGGGGAGGCUGCAUCGAGCGACUUAUCAGAUUGGUUGACUCGAGUAAUCACAUCGAGUUAGUCGUUGUGAGUGCUCUUACUAGUUAUUAAGGUUUUUCAGCUCUUGCUUCUUUUUCUUUUUUUUUUGUAACUUUUUAGUCUUACAGUUAUGAACUUUGAUGCUCGGUUGUUCAUAAACGAAAAG